AUGAGAAAUUAUUCAUUUUGCAUUGUUCGUUUUAAGAAGUUUGUCGGUGUGCUAAUUUACGUGUUGUUGCGUUUGUUCACAUUUUCAUAUCCAGGACGCGUUGUUAGAAGAUGCGGAAGGAAUCACACGGUCAGCUUGGCCAUUUACUGUCGCAAAAGCACCCAAACCUGGCAUCAUGUAUGCAGUUGUCGGAAACCAUAUUGCAACACUUUCUCAUUCCUGCGAAAGGAAAUCAGAAUCAGAAGUUUGGCAAAUGAGCACUUUCACCACAAUGCUGAAGAAGUCGGCACUGUUCCUAAUUUCGAUGAUGACAUUCAUGCCGAAGUAGGAAAAAAUAACAUUGAAAAGAACGAAACUGCUCACAACGUGAGCGGCAAAAAUAUACUCCACUUUUACUUUAUAGUUGCUUUUGUAAUCAUGCCAUUCAUGCUUGGAUGUUUGAUUAUGUGGGGAGCUGUAUCAAAACGUUACGGAUGUUUUUAUUGA